AUGCUAUAUUUUGAAUUUAACAAGGAACCCGUUCGGGAUCAUUGUUUUUCAUUACCGAAUUGUUGGUGUGCUGAAGCUGAAGCAGUUAGACAUCUUCGAAUUGAUCAUGUAUUGGUCUUUUUGCUGACUGAUCGGGUGCGAGGAUCCUCAACUCGUCGGGGUUAUGGCGAACAUCCAAGCACCAUUAACUCUGCACAUUCCAGCGGAUUCGCCGGAGAUAUUAUGUUUCGUAAACCAAAUGAUGAUGAUGACUGUGUUGGAUCUCGGAAGGUGGUGAAGGCCAAACCUUUGCCAAUGAAAUAUUCACAGAAGCUUUCUAUGACUGGGAAGGAUUUCGUGUCGUUUGGCAGCGAAGGUGGAAACGCGUACACAAGAAAUGAAUCGGAAGCGAACUCCUCCUCCUCGCUAAGUGGAACUAGCUUAACAGAGGACGAAAAGAAUAAAAUCCAUGCAAAAAUAUUGAAGGCGGAAAUGAAGGGCGAUAUGGAACUAGUAGAGAAGCUCAAACGUAAACUGGAGGGCGAAUCUGCGACGAAAGAUCCGGUCAUUCUUCUGAAACGAAGUCGAUCGGGGAACAUUAUGCCUGCUCAUGGUAUCAAGGACUCUGGCUUUGUUGAGUCCUCUUCACGUAUUCAGAGGGAGUACGGGAAAAACCAAACCUUCAGAGACAUGGUACAGGAAGAGAAAUCAUCAAGUGCAGAAGAUCAGCUCAUGCUGUUUCACAAAUCAAUUAUUAGGUACGUACCACCUUUGCGCCGCAUCCUCGAAUGCGUGGCUGAAAAUCAGUUACGUCUCCAUUCAAGUGAAACUUAUGCUACUGAAGGAACCGGAACAUGUACAAGAGUGGACAAUUAG